UGCAGAUACUAAGUGGAUGUUAGUGUGUUUAUUUACGGGCGGCUCGGGCUGAUCCGCCCUCGUUUCCAGCCGUGGGUUUGCUCUCCAGCGGCGGAGGGGAGCUGAAGGGCGGCAGCUGUGCGGAGCAGCCCGCCGCCGCUGAGCUGAAUGCUGCUGUUAGCAAAACGUCAUGACAGUGCAUGUCAGGGAUCUGUGACUUUACCCUGUGCGUGUCCAGUGUCCUGUCCCUGCUGUCCACAGCACGCUGCAGAGACCGGGUCCUGAUGGUGACAGCGUCGAGAUGAUCUCCACCAAGAGCAGGGCCCACAGAGCAGAGGGAGGGGAUGGCGUUAAGGCAGAGGAGGAGGACCACCAGCAGGUCUACAUCAACAGAGGUGGGCUUCUCAUCCAGGUCAAGGAGGAGCCACAUCCUCAGGAGAUCUGUGAGGAUCACUGGCCAGACGCUGAACCAGCAGCCAGCCUGGGACUCAUCAAGGACGAGAGCGACUCGGAGUAUGAAGAGCCCGAAGCUGCUGUGAAAGAGGAGCUGUGGACCAAAGAGGAGAGGGACAGUGAAGAGGAGGAGGAGGAGGAGGAAGAGGAAGAGGAGCAGGAGGAGAUGGAGGAAGAAGAGGAAGAACAGGAGGAGGAGGAGGAGGCUGAUGACAUCCAGGAGGACUAUGAAGAGGGAGAGGAGGAGGUCUGCACAGAGUCAUCCUCAGAUUUCUUCCCGUGUCCUCACUGCACUGUCUCCUUCACCGACCUGGACUUCCUGGAGAAGCACGUGAAGUGGGUCCAUCAAAAGCAGUACCUGGCCGAGCUCUCCAAGUGUCUGUCGAGUCACACGCUGUCCCUCAUCCCCAAACACCCCUGCACCGUCUGCAGCAGCACCUUCAGCUCUAAAGUGCAUCUGCGGGUCCACAUGCGCGAGGUCCACCCCUCAGCCCCCCCUCGACGGCUUCACCCGUGCCCCACCUGUGCUCGCAGCUUCCAGUACCUGAAGAACCUGAAGAACCACUGUCAGCGCUGGCACAACAUGUCCGUGGUGACGCAGGGGGGGCACCUCAGCUGCGCCGACUGCGGCAAGAAUUUCAAAGCCACCUGGGGACAGGGGCCGCAUUCGUGUCACGGGCCGGAUGCCGCCCAAUCGGAGGAUCAGCCCAUCUGCCUGGACACCGGCGUGCAGUGUCCCGAGUGCGGCAAGAAGCUGCGCACGCCUCAGAGCCUGGAGGAUCACAUGAGGACCCACACGGGGGACCGGCCCUUCGUCUGCCGGCACUGCGGCAGGAGGUUCGUGGAGCGCAGCGGCUGGCGGCAGCACAUGAAGAUCCACACGGGAGAGAAGGAGCACAAGUGUCCGGUGUGUGGGAAGGCCUUCCUGAGAUCGCACCACCUCAAGUGCCACCUAACCACGCACUCCGGCAAGAAGGAGUAUUCCUGCUCCGUGUGUGGGAAGGAGUUUGGGUUCAAGUCCAGUCUGGAUCUGCACGUGAAGACGCAUUCGAGCGAGAGACCUUACCAAUGCCUUAAGUGUGGGAAAAGCUUCAACACGCAGAGGAACCUGAGGAUUCACACCAAGCUGCACACUCACGAGAAGGCCCACCAGUGUGGGGACUGCGGGCUGAAGAUGGGAGACCUGGGAGCCCUGAAAAUACACUUGCGGACGCACACCGGGGAGCGGCCUUACCACUGCACGGUCUGCGGCAACCGCUUCAUCCGCCUUGCUCACCUACGGAAUCACCAGCGCACGCACACUGGCGAGAGGCCGUACAAAUGCACCGAGUGCGACAAGAGCUUCACUCAGUCUGGCGACCUGGUGAAGCACAAGAGGAUACACUCUGGGGAGAAGCCCUUCGAAUGUCCCGAGUGCCACCGCUGCUACACCUCGUCGGGCGACCUGGGCAAACACAGGCGGAGCCACACGAACCUGCGCCCCUACACCUGUCAGGAGUGCGGGAAGAGCUUCCGCCUGUCGGGCCAUUUGAAGACUCACAUGCUGACUCACACGGGGGAGAAGCCCUAUUCCUGCCCCAACUGCCUCCGGAGGUUCGCUCGCUCGCACCACCUGUCGGGGCAUGUGGCCAAAUGCCGCUGAUCCCUGCUGCGAAGCGGCAGACUGUAACGGCUGUAAACAGGUUACUGCUACAAAUUUAAACGAAUGUUAUUGUAUGAAGUCAUAUCUAUGUAUUUAUUUAACUGAAGUUUGUGUAACCCCCUUGACUCAGAUGACUGUUUUAACUUAUUUUAACACGAGUGUAUUGGCUGUUUGGUUCGCGCUUGUUGCAUGAAGCUUUUCAGAAACACUAAUAUAUGACGGAGGCUUGAGAGCAUUGUUGGUUCAAUGAAGGCAU